AUGAGCACGGAUUCUCUCGACAAUCUGGACGAAAACUCCGGAGAUAUUCUCUUGACUAUCUCCGACUACAUACUUGCACAUUUUCGUUCCCACGUCAUUGAUGUGGCAUCUAUUCACCCACCAACUCACACUGACGGCCUAGUUGCAUUUGCAACUUCUGAGACACCUCAGGCGCUAUAUGUUAUCCUUAAUCUGGAUGGUCUGGUUACAAUUGCUUCGGAAAUGUCAGAAACGAAUCUAAACGACUUCGCUUCAGUAUCGAUAUUCAUCAAAUCCAAGGGUCCAAUUCGACUCGAUACACCUUUACAGGAGCAACUUAGUGUUGUGAGCUAUGCAAACGAUGAUUCCCGCGACUUUAUUACUAAUGGAGAUCCAUCCUUCAUCAAAGGCUUCCUUGAUUAUGUUGUAUCUCCCUAUUUUGAACUUCUAGCGUCUCAAGAUGCCCAAAGAACUAAAUCAAAUACGCUACGUGCGGCAAGGAAAAAGCUAAAGGAAUUGAGCACCACUCUCAACCUCUUAGAGCUGCAGAUUCAUGUGCCAGAGUUACUUGGUGCUCUUUCUCCUAAUGCACUAGACUUGCUUCGGCUGUCGAUGCCAGAGGAAGAGAUAAUUCAAGAUACAUCGUUAUUGAAUGAGCUAACGCAAGUUGCAAAUUUCUGGAUAAAACAGAUACAGAACAUUACGAAUUUAUCCGAGACACCCUCCGGUGUCUGGUCUAUGUCUGAUGAGAUUCAAUUUUGGGCAUCCAUGGAGUCAGCUUUGGAAUCAUGGAUAAACCAGAUCAAUCAACCUGAAGUAAAAAAAGUACUCGAAAUCUUAUCAACAUCUAGAAGAUUCCAGACGACCUUCAUGUUUCAGAACAAUUUGAGACUUUCUGACAAGCUCGAAGAAACAAAAAGCUUCAACGCACUAAUUAAAGACCUCCCUUUUGCGGGCCUCACUCAAGCUAUCAACUCACCGAACCCAUUCUCUGCAUUUGAAACAUCCAUCGGAGAUAUAUUUAGUCAUCUUCGAAGGUGGAAAUCACUGAGGUCGUUUCCUCUCGUUCGUAUGAUCGAAUUCGUCGAACUCACAUUGGAUGAAAUUUCGAACAAUCUUAUCCAUCUUUUUAAAUCUGCAAAAUUAGCGGCACUAUCUUUGAAUGACUUCGAGGAACUUUAUGAGAAGCAGCUCACCAAUAUUUUCAAGACUCUAGACAUCUCCAUUAAAAGCAUGACCAACAUACUUAGAGAACUCAUGCGUAAGCGCCAAGAGAAGUUUAUGGUAAUCAAAAUCAACAAUGAAAAGAUCAAUAGAAUUCAGGACAGACUUGAACAUCUACGCGAACUAAUAGAGAAGCACCACUCGCUUGAAGAGGUUAUCUCACGAUCUUUUGUUAGUGAGGAACUUUCUAAUCAACUAACACAUGCGUUUCUUAAGCAUGUCAUCGCAGCAGACUGUUUCGAUUUUUCAAAUGAAGGGCAUCUGAUUUGGGUAGCUAGUGAAACAUGCUAUCUUCGAGUUCAUGCCGACGUUCUGCAAAUAUUGGCAUCAUCUACGAACAACAAGAUGAAUUCAUGUAUCACCUUAGAUGAUUUUGUGGGUUUAUUUCAAACAAUGCAGAAUGAUACAAUCAAUAUGGCCCGUUUGGUCUCUCUCAUUGAUGACAGUCACAAAAUUAGAUUCCUCGCAGUUGCUCGAACUCAGGUGCUUAAUCUUGCAUCCUCUUUUUCAAAAGGGGCACAGGAUUUUGAUAUCAGUGUUGCACAGGACUCCGACACUAUAUUGAAUAGUAUCCAAAACAAAUUAUCUCUUAAAUCGCGACUUCAUUCUAUAAUAGAAUCCGUCACACAUUCUUUGGGCGAAGAUUGGUCCUUCUUUGCAAUUGGAUCUCAAAUUCAAGAUGAUACCCGCGCCAUAUUCGAUAAGUUGGACUGCCUUGCUGAUUUUGAAGAAUGGGUAUCAUCCAACAGAAGUUCUUUACACGUUUUGAACAAGAGUGGCUUCAUCUUCGAAGUCAAGCAUAUAAACGAAUGCCGAGAGAUUUCUAUUGACUUGACGUACCCUCGACAAUUGCUUACCUUACCUCGUCUGACGUAUUUUUUAGAGACUGCGGGAUUCGAGGUACCCACAGAUAUUCUUCUCGCCUCGAGAAAGGCUGCGACAAUAACACCAAUUAUAACUUCUUUAAGAGAAAGCUUGGAGAUAUUCUUACAAUUAAUCACAGGAGAGUUCGUCAAUGAAGCAUUCUUUGCGUCUCUUUAUUCUAUGACUAACGAAUCAAUACAUCGAAUGCUCCGUUUGAGGAGUUUAAGCUGGAAUGAUGUUGAAACGGAAUGUGCAAUACUUCUUGAGGAACAUGAUUCAAACAACUCAGUUCUGUUAGAAUGCAAGUCUUUGAAACAGAUCAAUGCUUUUCAAGAAGCAGUAUACAACCAUUACGAAGCUACGAGAAUGUUGCAAAAUUUUCGCAAAUUGUAUGACGGAGAAAUUUAUUCGAAGUUGAUGAACUGUGCAUUUGAAUUGAGUACUAUUCAAGAAAUUGUCGACGAGGUAUGUUCGACUGCUGUCACUUUGCUUCCACAUGCUUCAUACACAGCCUCAUUUGAGAAUACGCUUCGAGAACUUAUUGCUAAUGCACUAAGUGAAAAGUGUGCUCAACACCUCAAGUACUUCGUCAAGGAAGUCCACGGUAAGAAAGGUAGCAAAAUGAGGUUUCCUACUUUGAAUCAUUUCAUCCGAUGCGAAAAUGGCUAUUUUCUCAUCGAACCUCCAAUCAAAUCGACGAAAGCGAGACUUGCUGCGAUCAUCAAUUCAUCGCUUGAGGAUCUUUGCAAGAUAAGAUUCACAACAAUUCAUGGGUCGAGCUCGCUAAUUUGGACAUCUUGUCCGCGAGGUCUUAGCAAAGUGAUAUGCGAGGCCCUAGACGAGGUAGAAUUGAUUCAUGCGAAUUUGGGGAAACACUUAGAAGCGUGGAACAAAUUUGGAUCUCUUUUGACCGUGGACUCGAAAGAUCGACUGCUUUUCUGCGAUCUCAAUAUUGAUCAAGCUCUCAGCUCCUUGCUUGAAAUAAUAUCAUUUAUGAAGCUUAUAGAGGAUCCCGUAGGCGUUACAAGCAUCGGAGGUCUUAUAAGUGUUCUGCAUUCUGCUGUGAGGAAGCACCUAGAAAACUCCAUCAGUGCGUUUAGGGUGACUUUGUUCUCUCAAUUCACCACGAGAGUCACGUCCAUAAGUGCUGAUAUGCUAACAGAAUUGAAGCUUUGCGAAAAGCGAUUCAAUAAUUUACCGAACAUGGACAAUACAUCGUUCGAUUUAUUGGAAUAUACAUCGGACUUGCUUGAAUCGAAAAAAAAUGUAACAGUUUGGAAGAGAUACAAGGGUCUAUUGAGAGAGUGUCAAAAGGCUCUUUACCAAAAUAGGCAGACGCUCCCAUCGAGUUGGAUUCACUAUGACCAAUUUGAUAGCAGGAUACCUAACCUUGAAGCUCUAAUUUCUGGUGGGGACUCAUUCAUCUUUCAAAACCUCGAUUUGGUACAAAAAAGAUUGUCUACAGCUAUAGAGCAGUACAAUAACAAUCUAGCUGUGUUCAUGAACAAUUGGCAUAAAAAUAGACAAAUUACGAGUGAAAUGGAGCCUGGUCAAGCGCUUUCAAUCUUAGCUAAAUCGCAGAAGAAGCUUGAUGACUUUGAACUAUCGAAAAUGCGUGCUAUCCGUGUUGCGCAGCAAUUAAAUAUUGUUAUCCCGAAGACGACGCUGAUACAACCUCUACAAGAUGACUUCGACAAUUUGAAACUCAUCUGGACUUCACUUCGAGACUUAUGGGAUAUUUUGGAAGAAAUUAGAAAAUCACCCUGGGCAGAUUUCCAACCAAGAAAAGUCAAACUGCAACUUGACAACUUAUGGACACAGAUGAGAAACCUUCCCGCUUUAGUGCGGCACUAUCCAGCGUUUGGGAACUUGAAAAACACUAUUGAUUUGUUUUCAACCAGUAUAAUAUUUUUAGGCGAGCUCAGAGGUGCUGCUCUCAAGACGAGACAUUGGAAUAAGAUUUUGUCUUCUUUAAAUGCUCCUUCCUCCAUUGAUUAUGACACAUUGAAGGUACUGCAAUUGUUAGAAUUGGAUAUAAAGGGCCACGAAAGUGCAAUACGUUCCAUACUAAAACAAGCAGUGGAGGAACAAAUCAUCGAGGAGUCAUUACUCAGUAUUGAAAAGGAGUGGUCUACUAUUACCUUUGAAACGUUUGAUUUUGAGGGGAAAUGUCGACUCGUUCGAAAUUGGAAUUUUCUAUUUGAUACAUGCCAGGACCAUGUAAGCACGUUAUCUAGUAUGAAACAUCUGGUUUCUCAUGGUGAAUUCGAAGAAAGAAGGAACUCUCUUGAAUCCAAGCUCGUUGAUCUUCUAUCCAUAUUUGAUAUAUGGAUCGAGGUUCAGAAAAAAUGGGCCUAUUUCGAGGGUGUAUUCGGAAACAGUCCAGAACUUAGCGCUUCCAUGUCGAUAGAGUCUGCCAGAUUCAACAACAUAUCGUUCGAAUUUUUGAAUUUCAUGAAAAGAGUGAAUAAUUUAACGUUGGUGAUCGAUAUUCUAUCUAUAAGAGAUUUGAAAGCAGCUUUCAAGAAGAUGGAAGUGAGUUUGGAAAACACGAAGAGAGGUCUUACUCAAUAUCUUGAGCUGCAACGAGAUAUAUUCCCAAGAUUCUACUUUUUGGGAAAUGACGACUUACUAGAAUUUAUUGGUGGAUCGCGAAAUGUGAAGAUAAUCAAUAAGCACAUCAAGCUGAUGUUUUUCGGAGUCGAGUCGUUGAUAAUUGGUGACGAUACACAUGAUAUCAUUGCCCUUAAGAGCCCAGAGGGUGAGCUUUUGAGUUUAGUCAGUCCUGUAUCAUUGUUUAAGUCCCUGACUUUGACCCAGUGGUUGAGUGAGUUAGAAAACAUAAUCAAACUUACUAUUGCCCAAAACAUUCGAGACUCAUACUCAGAAGUUUGCGAAGUAAUAAAGAAUCCAAGUCAAUUAAAAUCAUUAUUCGCGAUAAUCGACAAGUAUCCAGCGCAGGCUCUACUUGUAUCGUUGAAUAUAUUUUUUUCGCAGAAGGUAAAGAAUCGAACAGAUAGUGACUGUUGGAGACAAUUAUCUGACUUCUACUCAAAAAUCGUGAAACAAGUUGCUUCCAUUUCCGAACCUCGUCAUCGCAGAAAAAUUGAGGCAUUGAUUAUAGAGCUCAUUCAUCAUAGAGACAUAUGCUCUGAAAUGAUACGAAGAUCCGAACGAGAGCGAGAAGAAACAUUAAACAAUAUACAACAAUACGAAUUUUCAUCCGCGGCAAACUCUCCACUUGAAAGUGUCAUAAUAAGACAGGGGCGUCAAGAGUUCUCCUACGGUUUCGAAUACAGUGGUGUUGUGGAGAAGCUUGCAAUUACUCCGUUAAUCGAUCAAUGCUUUUUGGCGAUGACACAAGCAUUGAGCCAAGGAAUGGGUGGCUCCCCAGUUGGGCCUGCUGGAACUGGUAAAACUGAGAGCGUAAAGGCACUAGGUCACACGUUAGGCCGAAUGGUGAUCGUUUUUAAUUGUGGUGACGGUUUUGACGAUAAGUCUAUCAGUAGGAUACUCUUAGGGCUCAGUAAAGUUGGCUGCUGGGGUUGCUUUGACGAAUUCAACCGGCUCAAUACCACAAUAAUGAGUGCACUUUCUCCCCAGAUCGAGGCUAUACAGGGUGGUCUUAGGGGCGAUCUGCAAGACAUAAUGAUAUCAGGUAAAAGUGUUCGAGUCCAUCCAAAUACAGGUCUCUUUGUGACCAUGAAUCCCGGCUAUGCGGGCAGAAACGAAAUGCCUGAAAGUAUGAGAAGAUUGUUUCGCAGCUUUUGGAUGGCAAAGCCCGACUUGGAGCUAAUUGCGGACAUAAUUCUCACGUCACAACAGCUUGUUCACACUGAAACACUUUCAAAGCUCAUAGUGAGCACUUUUGAGGAGUUGAAGAUCAAGUCAACAAGCCAACGACACUAUGAUUUCGGACUCAGGGCAAUAAAAAGCACCUUACGGAUGUGUGGAGAGAAACGACAAGGUUUGAGUGAAUCUUCGUCAAGCGGUACUAUCGAGGAGGAAAAGUCAAUAUUGAAGUCAUGCUUGAAAGCAUCUGUCUCUCCCAGACUAAUUCCGCAAGAUGUUUCAGUAUUCGAUGAUGCCAUGAGCAAGUUUUUCACAAACUUGAAUGACGAUGUCUCCGAAGAACAGGACUUGAUUCGCAAGAUUGAGGCAAAUGCUUCGGGCGAGGGUUUAGCUGUAUCACAAAACUUCCUUCUCAAGGCCUCUCAAAUAAUCCUGAUCCUGAGAAGUCAUCAUGGUAUUAUUUUAGUUGGGGAGCUGGGUUCAGGAAAAUCUACCAUAUUAAGGCAUACAUUGAAUGCUAUGUCAGCUUUCGAAAAGACAACACACAAGACUUUCGUUAUGGAUUGCAAGGCUCUUUCAAAAGAUGAAAUCUUUGGAUCUCUCGAUCCCAUCACCCGCGAGUGGACCGAUGGUCUUUUCACAAAUAUAUUACGAACAAAUCUUUCAAAUAUGAAGGGCGAGAGGUCGCAUCGUGUCUGGGUCAUUUUCGAUGGUGACAUAGAUCCUAUUUGGGCAGAAAAUCUUAACAGUGUUCUUGAUGAUAACAAGGUUUUAACGCUUCCAAAUGGCGAGCGUCUUGAACUAUCGGAUAAUUUGAAAAUUGUUUUUGAAGUUGACAAUUUAGAAAAUGCUACACUUGCAACCAUCAGCCGUUGUGGGAUGAUAUGGUUUGACCCAUCGGAAUUAAAACCUAUGAUGGUCUGGAAGAAAUUCUUAUUUGAUCUUCGCUUCAAUGAAUGGGAAGGUAUUGAGAAAGAUAUACCCUCCUAUGAGAGAAUGGAUCUACAAAAGAAUAUCGCUGAUUCUUCAGAUAUCUUGACGGACCAAUUUUUCUCUAAAGCUAUUGAUGCUGCAGGGGAAUUCAAGCACAUAAUGAGGUUCAGUCGAUUGAGAGCAGUGCACACCUUCUGCACCUUCUAUUCAACUCACAUAUCAAACUUGCUUAAUUUCGAAGCAAAGCAUCAGAUAUUAGUCGAUGAAUUGUUGGGUGAAUAUGUCUUGAAAUCACUUUUUUUAUCGGCAAUCUGGGCGUUUAGUGGUGAUUGUCCAGCCCAACAGCGCAGUUUGUAUAUUCAGAAGGCUGCAUCAUUCAUGGAAUUCUCUCAUCUCGAGAUUCCUCCCGAUGUUAUUGAGUAUCGAGUAUCAGUAAAGGAUUCUCGCUGGACUUCUUGGCAAGAUAAUGUCCAGACCCUCGAUUUAGAUCCACACCAAGUAUUGGACCCUAGCACGAUAAUACCUACAGUGGACACGGUAGUUCACGAAAAUUUGAUACACUCGCUUAUCAAUCGCCACACUCCCUUGAUAUUAUGUGGCCCUCCGGGUUCCGGUAAAACGAUGACAUUCUUGAAGGCACUCAGGAAGCUGCCUAACUUGGAUUUGAUCUCACUUAACUUCUCCAAAGAGACCUCUCCGGAGGUUUUCGUAAGCCUGCUUGAGCAAAAUUGUGAAUACAGAAGAUCAAACAGAGGACUAAAGCUCGCUCCAAAAGUGGAUGGCAAAUGGUGUGUCGUAUUUUGUGACGAAAUAAACUUGCCCUCGGAGGACGAGUUUGGAACUCAAAGAGUAAUUGCAUUACUUCGACUUAUGGUGGAACGUCAUGGGUUCUGGAGCUCCAAGCAUAGGGAGUGGGUUUCCUUGGAGAAGGUUCAAUUUGUUGGAGCAUGUAACGAUCCAGAAGAUCCUGGUAGAAGUCAAUUGGCAGAAAGAUUUUUAAGACAUGCUUGUGUUGUGAUGGUCGACUAUCCCGGAAGAUCCUCUAUGAUGCAAAUUUAUGAAACAAUGAAUCGAGCCACAUUGAAAUGUGCUCCUGAUCUUCGGGGCUUCUCUGGUGAAUUGACAGCUGCUAUGCUAGAUGUUUACUUCGAGUCUCAACGUCAUCUUACGCGUGAUAUGAAAAGUCACUAUGUCUACUCUCCCCGUGAACUCACGAGGUGGUGCAGGGGUAUCUUGAAGACAGUUUCUUCUGCCGACUACACAAAGAUAGAGCCUCUAGUUCGUUUAUGGUAUCACGAAGGCCUCCGUCUUUUUUUCGACAGGCUCAGCGACGAGCAUGAUAAAGUGUGGACAAAAACGCUAUUUCUCAAUACAGCGAGAAAAUAUUAUCCUCACAUUAAUGUCGAAUCUACUUUAAAAGAGCCUGUUCUUUUCUCAGACUGGCUUACUCUGCGCUACGAGCCGGUUUCUGUAGGCGAGUUGGCUGACUUCGUUCGUGAAAGAUCUCGAGUGUUCAGUGAAGAGGAACUCGAUCUUGAAUUGAUUUUAUUUGAUGAUAUGCUUGAUCAUAUAUUGCGAAUUGACAGGGUUCUUAGGCAGCACCAGGGCCACAUGAUUCUUAUUGGCCCUUGCACAAGUGGGAAGACAACACUCACCAAGUUUGUCGCGUGGAUGAAUGGCAUCAAGAUUGUUCAGUUGAGGGUACACAAGGGCUUCACUGUCGAGAAUUUUCAACGGAAGCUAAAAGAGGUUCUCAUUUCUUGCUUACACGGAGAUAAGAUCUGCUUCAUCAUUGACGAGUCAAGUUUACUUGAAGCUACCUUCAUCGAGCGUAUGAACACUCUCUUGGCAAAUUCAGAAAUUCCUGGUUUGUUUGAAGGUGACGACUAUGCUUCCCUUAUCAAGCUGUGUGCAGCUGAAUCCUCAUCACAGGGCUUGUUGUUAGAUAACGAAGACGAGUUGUAUGCUUGGUUCACAAAUCAAGUAUCCUUAAAUUUGCAUGUUGUUUUCACAUUAAGCGAUGUUGGUGUUGAUAAUCGCGUACAAGUGAAUUCCUCACCUGCUCUUUUCAACAGAUGUGUUCUCAGUUGGAUGGGUGACUGGUCUGAUUCCACUUUGUUGGAGAUUGUGCAGAAAAAACUUCAAGGUAUAGCUCUAGAUUCCUCGCCGUACGAGCCAAAGUCUGUCGAUUCUAGCAGGUUUGCGGUGAACACUAUUAGGGAUGCGGUCAUGAGAGCCAGUAUCAUUCUCCACCAAAGCACAAAAUCUUACCCAAAUCAAUUUCUCAGGUUCGUUGACUUGUUCAAGUGUCUACUACUGCGGAAGCAGAAUGAAUUAGAUGACAAUAAAAGGCAACUCACCAGCGGGUUGGACAGAUUGAAGGAAACCGUUCUUGAGAUGACUUCAAUGAAAAAACUACUUUCCGAGAAGCAAAUUAAUUUACAAGCAAAAGAAGCGGAUGCUAAAAGGAUGUUGGAUGAGAUGAUUCUGAACCAAAAUGAAGCUGAACGGAAGAGGGAGUUCUCCGUAGCAACACAAGUUGAACUUGAAAAGCAAGAAGCUCAGAUCAAUAAAAGACGUGCUGUGGUGCUGCACGACCUAGAAAUUGCUGAACCUGAAGUACUAAAAGCAUCGAGAGGCGUCCAGAACAUUAAGAAGCAACACUUGACAGAGAUGCGAAGCAUGUCGAAUCCUCCUGCGGCGGUCAAAAUGACAAUGGAAUCUGUCUGUGUGCUUCUUGGCUAUGACGUAAAAUCAUGGAGGGAUGUUCAACUUGUUGUCAGAAAAGACGACUUCAUUGCGAGCAUUGUUUCGUUUGAUAGUGAGGUUCAACUCACCCUGGAGUUAAGCGAAUACAUGGAGAGGGUUUAUCUCAGCCGACCCGACUACAAUUAUGAAACAGUCGAUAGAGCCAGUAAAGCUUGUGGCCCUCUAUUGCAAUGGGUCAUAGCUCAGCUCAAAUAUUACUCUAUUUUGGAGAAUGUCUUACCACUCAAGCAAGAAAUGGAGUUGUUGGAACAAGCAGCUCGAAAGUCCAAAGCCCAAUUGAUAGCGAUCGCUGAGAUGAUCCGGGAACUUGAAGAAAGCAUAAGUACUUCCAAGAAACGAUACACCGAAUUAAUUCGUGAAGCUGAAAGAGUAAGAGUCGAUAUGGAGACAAUUGAAAAGAAGCUCAAGAGAAGUGCUCAUGUUAUCGAGAGUUUGACUACGGAGAGAGAGAGAUGGGAGAGUGGCAUAAAACAAUGCGAUAAAGAUAGGGAUGUGAUUGUCGGUAAUGCCGUCUUAUCGUCUGCAUUCGCGAUCUACUGUGGGGACAAAGAUCAGAAAUCCAGAAACGCAAUUCUUGAGGGUUGGAGACAGCAGUUGACUAGUUUGUGCAUUCCAUUUGACAAGUUUUUGUCUCCAAUAUCGUUUUUAGCAACGUUGGAUGACAUCGCAGAGUGGAGCAAUGAUAAAGUGCCACUAGAUAAUCUAUAUGAUCAAAAUUUUACAAUAAAGAAGUGGUCUGACUUCACCUUCAUCAUCGAUCCUAGCGAAGAAGUUUGGGAAAUUUUGGCAAAUUCUGCGAAUAUAGAGAAUACUGUCAAAACUACUUUCCUUGACAAAUCAUUUUUGAGAAAGGUAGAGGAUGCCAUGAGAUUUGGAGGCAGCGUUUUGAUAGCACAUGCCGAGCUUUACGACCCAGUUUUGGAUCCUAUUUUACGCAAAGAGUACUCAUAUACUGGUGGGAGAAGGAUGGUUCAAGUCGGGAACAAAAUGGUGGACUUUCUGGACAAAUUCAAGAUCAUAUUCUUUUCGAGUGAUCUGUCGUGCACUGUUCCAUCGUCAUUAAAAUCGAGGGUCACAAUUAUCAACUUCACUGUGACGAGUAGUAUACUCGAGGAUCAAGCUCUCGAUUCGUGUCUAGAGUACACACAACCCACCAUAUACGAAAAGCGAAAGGAAAUCGUGUUCUUACAAAGUGACUAUCAUAUCAAGAGCCACAAGUAUCGUCAACAGGUUCUUGCAACACUCAAUAAUGCGGAUGGAGUGCUUUUGGAUGACGAUAAUGCUAUAGAUGCCCUUGAAGGCUUGAAGUCAAAGUCAACAGAUCUUGAUACUCGAUUUCACGAGUCUGAGAGUGUAUUGAGAAAGUGUGAUGAAAUAAGAAGCUCGUUUCACGAGGCUGCAAUUCACUUGAGUGGAAUUUUUGGUGUCAUACAGAAGUUGUCACACUUCUCAACAUUCUAUACCAUUUCAUCUAAAACGCUUGUCCAGAUAUUCAAGACGGUUCUUCAUCAGCAGGGUGAAGAUUUGGAUAUUCGGACCAUGGUUAUGCAGAUCUAUAGAUCUGUGUUCGCCUGCUAUGCUCCGUCUUUGAGGAAUAUGGACAGGAUAACAUUUGCUUUAGCUUUAGCGAUAACUUUUGCUUCAAUCAGUGAGGGGGACUGUGUGAGAAGUGCCACGAAGAGAGUCUUAUCAAUUGUUAACGUCGAAGAUGCAAAUCAGUCUUUAGUGCAGACUUUGCUGGAGCUCCUUUCAAUCGAGUUGACAGAUCAAUUAGAUCUCUCUUAUUGGUCACGUAUCGUUGAUAGUGAGAAAGAAACCAAAGCGCUUUCAUUAGUUUCACCUCUCGUCAAGAAGUUACUCGGUUCUGUUGAGCCAUGGACAAUUGUGUUCGAAGGGAUGAUGGAAGCAGCAUUUGGAUUCUCAUUUGAUCAAAGAUUUAUUCUUGAUUUGCCAGAAUUACUUUUGCAAGACAACAAAUUGAUUCUUAUUGCAGAAACCCGCCAUAUCGAGCUGACUUCCAAAAUUCAGCGGUUGGCUGCAGCAAAUAGUCGAGUUUUGAAAGUGGUUGCCAUGGGAACCAGUGAAGCAGCAGAAAUUGCCAUGAAUGAGCUUGAAGACGCAAUGAACGGAGGAGCUUGGAUUUUGCUUCAGAAUGUACACAUGGGAAGCACCUUGCUCAACGACAUUGAAGUCAAAAUUAACUCCACGAGCAAACACGAGCAAUUCGUGUUGUUCCUCACAUGUCUGUUGGACUCAGCUAAUAUUCCUUCAUCAUUGAUCGCAAAUUCAUCAGUAUUGACGUAUGAAGAGGCCCCCAUGUUCAAAAAGACUCUCUUGGAUAGCUUUGAGUAUAUUUUGAAGCAAACUGGAAGUUCAUUGAGUGUGACGCACAUCAUCGUGUUGAUGCUAAGUUGGUAUCAGGCCGUUCUUCAAGAACAGCUUAAGUUUGUUCCAGUUUCGUUUGCUGAGAAGUUCGACAUCAAUGAUAAUGAUCUUGCAUCAUCGAGCUUCUAUAUAAAGAGCAUCUUCAACGACUUUCAAGGCAAACAUACUAUUCGACCAGACGAGAUUCCUUGGACAGAAAUCACCACCAUGAUUGGGACAAUUAUUUACGGUGGGAAAAUUGCAAAUGAAAAAGAUUGCCAAUUCUGCAAGUUACUUGCCCAGGAAUUAUUUAAAGAGAACAUUUUUGAUGAAGAUUUCAUAAUGCCAUACACUGAUCUGUUGAAGUUGCCUCCGGAGGGUAGUUCACAAGCUAUUAGGAAGUGGAUAAGUAACCUUCCAAAUAAACCACCUCUUCAAUGGUUUGGGCUAAAGGAAAGCGUUUUGACCAAAUUCCAAGAAAGUGAGGCUAAUGAAAUUGCUCAAAGAACUCUUGCUAUAGUUUAA